AUGUCAUUGCGUGAGUGGGGUAUUGAUGGGAUAUUCACCUUGACGGUGGAUAAUGCUAGUUCAAAUUUAACAACAAUUAAAUUUUUGCAAAGGGUGACUAAAGAUUGGAAUGGGGCAGUUUUAGGAAAUGAGUACAUGCACAUGAGGUGUUGUGCCCAUAUCCUAAAUCUCAUUGUGGGGGAGGGUUUAAAAGAGAUAGAUGCAUAUGUUGCUAAGGUGCGUGAAGCUGUGAGGACCAAGGAAGAUAGUGGUGGUUUAGGGUCUCCAUGUAUGACUGAUUUCCAAAAUUGUAGGGCAUUUGUGACUUUCUUAAGGUUGUUUUAUAAUGCAACAAAGAAAUUUUCUGGUUCAUUGUAUGUUACUUCAAAUGCCUUCUAUGAUGAGAUAUUUGUUAUUCAGGAGAGUAUUUCCAAUUUAGUUAAAUCCCAAAACACUCUCUUGAAAAGCACAGCCACAAACAUGCAAACUAAGUUUGAGAAGUAUUGGGGGGAAGGGGAGAAAAUUAAUCCUCUUUUGUAUGUGGCUGUGGUCUUUGAUCCACGAAAAAAAUUGAGGUUUUUGAAGUUUUCAUUUUCUGAAAUUUAUGGGAAUGCAGUUGCAGAAGUGAUGGUUGAUAAGGUGAAAGAUCUUUUGUUUAAGUUGUAUAAUUUUUACACUUCUAUUCAUUCACCAAAUGUGCAAGAUCAAAGUGGGAGUGAGAGGACAGAAUUAGAAACUGAUGCUAAUGAUCCAUAUGUGAUGGUUCACUCGCGAUAUGAACGUUUUUUGCAAGUUGAGCAAUCUGUAGGUUGUAAUAAUGAGCUUGAGAGGUAUUUGGCUGAAAACUGUGAUGGUAGAAAGGAUGCAAAUUUUGAGAUAUUGGAGUGGUGGAGGGACAAUUGUAAUAGGUACCAAGUGUUGUCUAAAGUAGUUAAGGAUGUGCUGGCUGUGCCAGUUUCCACUGUUGCAUCUGAGUCAGCAUUUAGCACUGGAGGUCGAAUUGUUGAUCCAUUUCGAAGUGCACUAUCUCCUCUCAUGGUUCAAAACCUUGUAUGUUCACAAAAUUGGCUUCAAGCCACAGUUCCAAUUUCUCAUCGCCAAUCAAGGGAUGAUGUUGAGGCAUUGGAGAAGGAGUUACUUGACUUAGUUUUAAAUCAACAACCAACAGCAAAUACCAGCUCAAGCAAGGGUUCCACUUCAGGUUUUAUGGGUGUUAAGCAGUUUACUGCCUAG